AUGCGCGCAAACUACAAGGCCAAUGUCGUGCAGUUCAGCCAAGCGAAGACCGCGGACAUGGAGGAACGCAUGAUUAGUCGUCACGGCUCUCGCAUCAGGCCCUUGAGAAUCGGUUUGUUUCAGUGGAACACAGAACUGUUUAAGCCGAACCCUCUGGAGAUCGUGCUGCCUUUCUGCCGCGAACGCCCUGAUGGAGAUGGCAAGCCUGUCAUCGAUCCUGAAGAGAUAGACAUGUUCUUUGUCACGACUCAAGAGAACAAUCGGCUUUCACCUGCAGAGGAAAUGACAAUGCGCGAAUCCGUCUUAAAUAGCCUGAACACGCUCAGCGCAACCCCGAACUGGACCUCGUCAGGACUCCUUCAGUUGAACAACCGCAAAGGCACUGUGAUUCGGAAGUGGAAAGUGUUCACGCCAAACACGCAAAUGAUCAUGUGGUUCGCGAGAGACACCGUCGAGUUCCAGCAGGCUCCCGAGGUCUGCAUGGGAAGCAUGAAGUCAGAGGAAAAAGGCUUUGUCGGAGUGAAGGUGACUGUUGCAGGCGUAGGGAAGGUGUUGAUAGGCGGCCUUCAUAUCGACAGCAAAAGGAAGAAGGCGGGCCAACUAAAAAACAUUCUUGAUAUGAUGGCAGCGAAUUGUGGAGGUGAAGGUAAUUUGGACGCGUUUGACCUCGUGGUCAUUAGCGGCGAUUUCAACUCGCGUUUGGACGCACAGACGUCCAACGAGGUUCUGACUGGCGUAUCAGCAAUACCGCCCUUCACAAGCUAUCUCGACAGCAGGGGUGGCUUCUUAAGUAUCAAUCGCAACGAUCAUGAAAAGGUGCUUCAGUUCGUCGGGACUCGAAAAAGCCUCGAGUACAGGAUUUCUGGAUCGCGUCGCAAUUCGAACAAGGGGCGAUGCUGCUGCAUUUUUUAUCAAGUCACAUACUUACUUCAACAUGCGCAGUGA